GUAUGGCAUUCGUAAAUAUCUGCAAAACAGCUGGAACGGCAUUCGGUUUAAUGCAUAAUAAACACACGACAUCUGCUGGACAGAGAGGUUACUCCAAUACAAAAUUCAACCGCUGAUGCACGGGGGAGGGUGGUAAUCUGUAAUGAAAUACAAUACUGCUGGUUACUUCAACGCUUGUGUAUGCAACAUUCUGUUAAAAUCUGUUUACUAACACAGCUGAAUCUCAACCUGAAGCCUCCUCUUCUUUCUUCUCGCGUUCUCGUUUUAAAUUCAGUCUCAGGUAGCGCGAGAUGUGAGUCCCUUUUCCGAACUCUCACGAGAUUCUGUGAGAGUGACCGGCUCUGAUCAGCAUGGCUGCCUCCUGAUUACACGCGUGGAAAUUCAGAGAAGAAAGUUAGGAAGCUUUUUCAAAUACCGUACUGAUCAAAUUCACGGCAUUGAAAUAAAUCGAAUCAACGCCACCACUAUUUCGAUAUAUAUAUCUUUUCGCGUAGACCAAGAAAAUGCAGCACGACGAUGUCAUUUGGGAUAUCCUUGGAAACAAACAGUUCUGCUCAUUCAAAGUCAAAACAAAAAAUCAGAACUUUUGUCGGAAUGAAUACAACAUCACAGGCCUGUGUAACCGAUCGUCAUGUCCGCUGGCAAACAGCCAGUACGCCACAAUCAAAGAGGAGAAAGGCCAGUGCUUCCUAUAUAUGAAGGUCAUAGAAAGAGCUGCUUUUCCAGCCAGAAUGUGGGAAAGGGUAAAGCUGAGCAAGAACUACGAGAAGGCUUUGGAACAGAUAGAUCUAAAUCUCAUCUACUGGCCUCGCUUCCUCCGACACAAGUGUAAACAGCGCUUCACCAAGAUCACCCAGUACCUGAUCCGAAUCCGCAAGCUCACCCUCAAACGACAGAGGAAAAUUGUUCCUCUAAGCAGGAAAGUGGAAAGGAGAGAGAAAAGAAGAGAGGAAAAGGCUCUUAUUGCAGCUCAGCUGGACAAUGCGAUUGAGAAGGAACUGCUUGAGAGAUUGAAACAGGGCACGUAUGGAGAUAUCUACAAUUUCCCGAGCCACGCAUUCGACAAGGCCUUGGAGCAGCAGGAUGAAGACGUUGAAACAGAUUCAUCGGAGGCAGAGGAAGAGGAGGAGGAUGAUGAGGAUGUUGGGCAGAGGGAGUUUGUGGAAGAUGACGAUGUAGAUGAGAGCGACCUAAGUGACUUUGAGGAAAUGAAUAAAUUGAAAGGCAGCAGCGAUGAAGAGGAGGAGAAAUCCAGCGAUGAGGAGUCUGAAAUGGAGGUUACGAGCGAGGAGGAAGUGGAGGCGGAGGGCGAGUCUGCAAAAGGCAAGAAGUCCAAGGGCAAGGCGCCUCUGAAAGGAGGGAUCAGGAAGAAGCGCGCGUACGUGGAGAUCGAAUAUGAGCAAGAGACUGAACCGCCCGCCAAAGAGAAAGCGACAUAAUGUACUGUGCGCCAUCCUGUCCUGUGUAUCCAGAGUAACACUGUCUCCUGGACCCACACUAUAGCACUGGGCUUAGACUCCAUGAUAGAAUGACAUCAUACUCAUUUCAUAAUGCGGCCAUCCUCUGCUUUUUUUCAUUUGGUAUUCAAGUCCUUUAUAUUUUUUGUUCUGUUGACACAGUACCAGUAAGAAAACUUUGAGUGGACGAAGCUGUUUAGUUGCAUGUAUUAUUUACAUGUCGGCCUUGAAAAAAACUGUCAGUUGCUUUUGCUAAAUCUUAGCAAUAACAAUUGUGUAAUAUCUAUUUUUGCUGAUUGCUUCAUUAAGAUGUUAUUAACGACCAAGUUCUCUUCCAAAACCAUAGCAGUUUAAAAAAUUUAAAAAAAGCAGCAAAAUGGUGCUAUAGAUGUGUUCAAGUCCACACUGAAGUCUAUUUCAGUACUGAUUUUCUAUCUUCGGUUCCCCAGCAUGUGCAAAGGGGGACUAAAUAAAACAGACUUCUCCAUCUGAAAAUAUUUUGAUAUAUUCAUACAUUCCUCUCAUAAUGGGGAUUCCACAUUGUGAAGAGUCAUAAACGUGUUAUGAUGGUUUAUUUUUUCGUUUAUCCAAAACUGUUCACUUUUUGUAACCCUAAAAUAAGUUGGGCUGGUUAAUUUUUGCAUGUGGGUAGUAAAAGAAACAGCUGAUGUGAAUUUUCCUGUUAACAUGAAUUAUUGAUUUUUGGAAACAGUUGAUGAACCCUCAUGUCUGUGUGUGUACAUAUAAUACCAACAUUGCGAUCUGUAUCA